UGUACCACAUCCUUCUUCCACUGCAUAAGCUUCUUUUCACUUCAUUCCCCCUGUUCACUUAUACUUACAGGCUGAUCACGGCCAGUAGUAGUAAGUAAUGGUUCUUGGAGGGUGGCUGUUGAUGUGGGCUCCGGCCUCAUCGCCAACAAUCCUCGUGGCGUUCGGUCUCCUCUUCGGCCUCGUCCUCGCGUGGCAGGCCGGCCUCCAGCUCCACCGCCUGUGGUGGCGGCCGCGGCGGCUGGAGAAGGCGCUGCGGGCGCGGGGCCUCCGCGGCUCGUCCUACCGCUUCCUCACCGGCGACCUCGCGGAGGAGAGCCGGCGGAGGAAGGAGGCCUGGGCGAGGCCGCUGCCGCUGCGGUGCCACGACAUCGCGCCGCGCAUCGAGCCGUUCCUCCACGACGCCGUCGUCAGGCCGGAGCAGCACUACGGCAAGCCGUGCAUCACCUGGCUCGGCCCGACGCCGGAGGUGCACGUCACCGAUCCCGAGCUGGCCAAGGUCGUCAUGUCCAACAAGUUCGGCCACUUCGAGAAGAUCAGGUUCCAGGCGCUAUCGAAGCUGCUGCCCCAGGGCCUCUCCUACCACGAGGGCGAGAAGUGGGCCAAGCACAGGAGGAUCCUCAACCCGGCUUUCCAGCUCGAGAAGCUCAAGCUCAUGCUGCCGGUGUUUUCUGCGUGCUGCGAGGAGCUGAUCAGCAGGUGGAUGGGGGCCAUUGGUUCUGAUGGCUCGUACGAGGUGGAUUGCUGGCCGGAGCUCAAGAGCCUCACCGGAGAUGUCAUCUCGCGCACCGCGUUCGGAAGCAGCUAUCUUGAAGGAAGAAGGAUCUUCGAGCUGCAGGGCGAGCUAUUUGAGCGUGUAAUGAAAUCCGUCGAGAAGAUUUUCAUCCCGGGUUACAUGUAUUUGCCUACUGAGAACAACCGGAAGAUGCAUCAAAUUAAUAAAGAGAUCGAAUCGAUUCUAAGGAGUAUGAUUGGGAAAAGAAUGCAAGCUAUGAAAGAAGGUGAAAGCACAAAAGAUGAUUUACUUGGCAUAUUGCUUGAGUCAAACAUGAGACACACGGAAGAGAAUAGUCAAUCAAGCCAAGGCUUGACAAUCAAGGAUAUCAUGGAGGAAUGCAAGUUGUUCUACUUUGCAGGAGCGGAUACAACAUCAGUGCUUCUCACAUGGACCAUAUUGCUAUUAAGCAUGCACCCCGAGUGGCAGGAUCGUGCAAGGAAAGAGAUCCUAGGACUAUUUGGGAAGAACAAACCUGAGUACGAUGGCUUGAACAACCUCAAAAUUGUGACAAUGAUCCUCUAUGAGGUUCUUAGGUUGUACCCACCGUUCAUCGAGCUUAAGCGGAGAACAUACAAGGAGAUGAAGAUAGGAGGCGUCACUUACCCUGCUGGUGUCAUCAUUAAUCUUCCCGUGCUGUUCAUCCACCAUGAUCUGAAAAUCUGGGGAAGUGACGUGCAUGAGUUCAAACCAGAGAGGUUCUCUGAGGGGAUCUCUAAGGCAUCUAAGGAUCCGGGUGCGUUCCUCCCAUUCGGUUGGGGACCGCGAAUCUGCAUCGGCCAAAACUUCGCGUUGCUUGAGGCCAAGAUGGCGUUGUGUCUGAUUCUUCAACGCUUGGAGUUUGAGCUUGCGCCAACGUACACUCAUGCGCCACAUACUAUGAUAACUUUACACCCGAUGCACGGUGCACAGAUUAAAAUUAGAGCUAUAUGAUCGUUUCAGAUCCUAGCAUGUUUUUUUCGAGGACCUAGCGUGUUUUAUUAGUACAACUCUUGGUUGUGAGUUGUGAUAUUUGUACCUUUGGAAUAAAAGUGGCAUAGGAGAUAUAUCUAAUACUCCCUCCGUUUUUUAGUGUAUGGCGUCAUCGACUUUUGUGAUA